GAGCACAAUUCAUUGAACAUCAUUUCAGAGAGGCAAGGAAAAGAAGAAACGAAAGACACAGUGUGCAACGAGAGGCUUGCAUCUACUGAGGGACUAUCUAGGCCUGUAAUCCAUUAACUGUACUUCAGUAAAGCUUUAGCUACCGGCGGAAGGAAAAAAUGUAGAGAGUUUUAUCUUCGUUCAUCUGGACAUAGAACAUAGAAAGAUGAAGUUUUUGUUGGUUGUACUGCUGGUGGUCGGCACCGUGUUUGCCGAUGACGACGAUAGGAAGGAGAAUAUGGGAACUGUGGUUGGAAUCGACUUGGGGACCACCUACUCAUGUGUUGGUGUGUUCAAGAAUGGCCGUGUGGAGAUCAUCGCUAAUGACCAGGGAAACCGCAUCACCCCAUCAUAUGUGGCCUUCACCAGUGAGGGUGAGCGUCUGAUUGGUGAUGCUGCCAAGAACCAGCUGACCUCUAACCCUGAAAACACAGUGUUUGAUGCCAAACGACUGAUUGGUCGUACAUGGGGUGAUUCGUCUGUGCAGCAGGACAUCAAGUACCUGCCCUUCAAGGUAACUGAGAAGAAGAGCAAGCCCCAUAUCCAGGUAGACAUUGGUGGUGGUACCCUCAAGACCUUUGCUCCUGAGGAGAUUUCUGCUAUGGUGCUGACUAAGAUGAAGGAGACUGCUGAGGCUUACUUAGGAAAGAAGGUCACAAAUGCUGUGGUCACUGUCCCUGCCUACUUCAAUGAUGCCCAGCGUCAGGCUACCAAGGAUGCUGGUACCAUUGCUGGUCUGAAUGUUUUGAGAAUCAUUAAUGAGCCAACCGCUGCUGCCAUCGCUUAUGGCCUGGACAAGAAGGAUGGCGAGAAGAACAUUCUUGUGUUUGAUCUCGGCGGUGGCACCUUCGACGUCUCCCUCCUGACCAUUGACAAUGGUGUGUUUGAGGUGGUAGCUACCAACGGUGACACUCAUCUGGGAGGUGAAGAUUUUGACCAACGUGUCAUGGAGCACUUCAUCAAGCUCUACAAGAAGAAGACUGGCAAAGAUGUACGGAAAGACAACCGUGCUGUGCAGAAGCUGCGUCGUGAGGUUGAGAAGGCCAAGAGAGCGCUAUCUGCCCAGCAUCAGGCCCGCAUUGAGAUUGAGUCCUUCUUUGAGGGAGAAGACUUCUCUGAGACCCUAACCCGUGCCAAGUUUGAGGAACUGAACAUGGACCUGUUCCGUUCUACCAUGAAGCCUGUACAGAAGGUGCUGGAAGAUGCUGACCUGAAGAAGUCUGAUAUUGAUGAGAUUGUCCUGGUUGGAGGCUCCACCCGUAUACCCAAAAUCCAGCAGUUGGUGAAAGAGUUCUUCAAUGGCAAGGAGCCCUCUAGAGGCAUUAACCCUGAUGAAGCUGUGGCAUAUGGAGCUGCUGUUCAGGCUGGAGUGCUCUCUGGAGAGGAGGACACUGGUGAUGUUGUUCUUCUGGAUGUGUGCCCCCUGACCCUUGGUAUUGAGACUGUUGGAGGAGUCAUGACCAAACUGAUCCCCAGGAACACUGUGGUGCCCACCAAGAAAUCUCAGAUUUUCUCCACAGCUUCUGAUAACCAGCCAACUGUCACUAUCAAGGUCUAUGAAGGUGAGCGUCCCCUGACAAAAGACAACCACCUGUUGGGCACCUUCGACCUCACUGGCAUCCCUCCUGCCCCCCGUGGUGUUCCUCAGAUUGAAGUCACCUUUGAGAUCGAUGUGAAUGGUAUUCUGCGUGUCACAGCUGAGGACAAAGGCACAGGCAACAAGAACAAGAUCACAAUCACCAACGACCAGAACCGUUUGACACCUGAGGAUAUCGAACGCAUGGUGAAUGAUGCUGAGCGCUUUGCUGAUGAAGACAAGAAGCUGAAGGAGAGGAUUGAUGCCCGCAACGAGCUGGAGAGUUAUGCUUACUCCCUGAAGAACCAGAUUAGUGACAAGGAGAAGCUUGGUGGCAAGUUGUCGGAUGACGAUAAGGAAGCCAUCGAGAAGGCAGUAGAGGAGAAGAUUGAAUGGAUGGAGUCUCAUCAAGAUGCUGACCUGGAAGACUUCCAGGCUAAGAAGAAGGAGCUGGAAGAGGUGGUUCAGCCCAUCAUAAGCAAGCUUUAUGGCAGUGCGGGUGGAGCGCCACCUGAGGGAGGUGACAGCGAACAGGAUGAGAAGGAUGAGUUGUAGGCAGGUUUACGUUCAGCUGUGUCACCCCUUGCCUCUCUGGUAGUGGCAUCUAGUUGUACAUAUUGAACUGAUGGGACUCAAAAGUAGUGAGAGGAAUGGAUUGAGAGGGGUGGCGAUAACAAGCGACCAUACUGAAUCUUCUAAAAAGACUUAAAAAUAAGUUUCAGUGUGAGAGGUGUUCUCUUCGCGGAAAGGCGGAGAUAUUCGUCAGCCCAGAUUUGAGGCUUGCUGCUGCUGUUCUCAGGCAGUCCUGUUGGGGAUCUGUAGUGGGGAGGGAUUUAGUGGGAGGGGGGUUAUGAUUGUGGGGCCAUUGAGGAGGGUGUCUGUGGGUUCAAGGGCUCAACAUGUUCACAGGCAGUGCUAAAAGUUAUUUAUUGAAUCUGGAUGUUGUACUUCUGGAAGGACAUUGAAAUAAAUGUUUGAUACAAAAUAUUA